GUUAGUGGUUUUGCAUGUUGAGUUUGGGGAAACUGGGUGGUCUGCAGCUGUAUUUUCUGGUCAAAAUGAAAUGUGCAUAGAAGCGUUCUAUCGAUCGCAAGGGUGUAGUUAGCAUGGGGACCUAGCCAGUGAGAUAGCCAGGUUAGCUAACUCUGGGGCUAGCGUGCCUGAGGAGGGUGGGUAGCUAUGCUGGAUAGCUAGCAAGCUAUCCUGGUAACCAGCAUCGAGGGGGGUUUGGGACCACAACUUAGCUACUGUGCGCUAUUAAGGCGAGCUGCCUCUGAUUUUGUUAUGCAGACGUAACUACAGCAAUUGCUCUAUGGGUUUAUCUUAAAGUUAACUAAGUCCUUCAGCUACGUUAGUGAUCUCUAUUAUCUCCUUUGUAGCUGCAUGAUUAAUGUUUUUUUAUUAGUCGCUGUUUCUUUCUCUCUGAAGUAACUGUAGCAAGCUAGCUACGUUUGACUCUUGCACUGCAAGGCUCGAAGGAGCUCACAAAGGGUAGUCCAUGGAACCUGUAUCAGCUAUGUUGCAAUAGAUAUGGGGGUGUCCACCUGACGGGGUGCCGAACCAUUGUUUGAUAACUAAUUAAUUGUCAACUGUUCACGUGAGUGAUCGCACGAUUUAGUCCACGCCUCCUAGUCUCGGUGGCUAAAAGAAAUCGGUUAUAAUUACAUUUUUAAGUCAGCUAGCCAAUGGUAUGGCGGCAUACAGUAUUUGAUGCACGUGUACGUACAGGUUUAUAUGUUUUACGGUGACAAAGGAUUGUUUACCAACAUCACAUGCCAGCACCACAUCAGCCCCUCUGAAAGUACUUGGGCCCAUUGCAGAGAGAUGUGAGUGGUUUAUCUGUUCACUGCAGUGGGAACAUGGCAGACAAAAAAAGCAAAUCCGCGAGCGUAAAACGAACACUAACCAGAAGAGAACAAGAUGUUAUGAAGAAAAAGGAGGAAGAAAAAGCAGCUGAAGUUUUUGAAGAAUUUCUGGCUUCCUUCGACAGUAAUGAUAAAAGUGGUGUGAAGACUUUUGUCCGUGGUGGAAUUGUGAAUGCAACGAAAGAGGAGCAAGCAGCCGAAGUAAAAAAGAGCAAGCUGUACAGACCAUCCACAAAAUUUUCACCUCCAGUUUCCCAGAAUGCCGUACCACCAUCAUCUCCAGAUCUCAAGAAGUCCGCUGUCAAAAAGAAGACCGAAGAGAAGAAGAAGAGUAACCUUGAGCUUUUCAAAGAGGAGUUGAAACAAAUCCAGGAGGAGCGUGAGGAGCGAUAUAAAAGGAAGAAGGGUGAUCCAGGUGCAAGCCUCCCUGAUCUAGAUGCACCUCUGUCACGGAGAUCAAUAUUUGAUGAUGAUCCAGCAUUGCCUAACUCAACCAACCUCUACAUUGGCUGUAUUAACCCAAAGAUGAAUGAGGAGAUGCUGUGUAAGGAGUUUGGCAAGUACGGGCCCCUGGCCAGUGUGAAGAUCAUGUGGCCUCGCACAGACGAGGAGCGCACGCGGGUCUCCAACCGAGGCUUCGUCGCCUUCAUGACACGCAAGGAUGCGGAGAGGGCCAUGGCUGCAUUGGAUGGUAAGACGAUCAUGGGCUUCGAGAUGAAGCUGGGUUGGGGCAAGCCGGUGCGCAUCCCUCCCCAGCCCCUUUACACACCCAUUGGGGUCCUCAAGACCUCCACACCGCCCCCACCCUCCGGCCUGCCCUUCAACGCGCAGCCCCGCGACCGUUUCCGUAAUGACUUCACCAAGCCCUGGAGUCGCUCCAAGGAUGAGUUCGAGAAGACUCUGUCCGAAGCCGUAGUCAAAGUGGUUAUCCCAACAGAAAGACACCUCUUAGGUCUCAUCCACAGGAUGAUAGAGUUUGUGGUGCGUGAAGGGCCCAUGUUUGAAGCAAUCAUCAUGAGCAAAGAGAAGAACAACACAGACUUCAGGUUUCUGUUUGAGAACAAGAGUCAGGAGCACGUGUACUACCGCUGGAAACUCUACUCCAUCCUGCAGGGCGAGUCCCCCGGUCAGUGGAGGACGGCAGACUUCCGCAUGUUCCGCAGUGGCUCCAUCUGGAGGCCGCCCCUGCUCAACCCAUAUCUCCAUGGCGACGAGGAGGUGCGAGAGGACGAGUUGCCCCCCACGCAAGAGGAGGAGCUGAGGAAGGGCCAGCUGAAGACAGAGCACCGGGAGCAGCUGGAGUCUCUGCUGCAGAAACUGACUCCUCGGCGGGACGAGGUUGGCGACGCCAUGCUCUUCUGCCUGGAGAAGGCCGAGGCUGCCGAAGAGGUGGUGGCCUGCAUCUCAGAGUCCCUGUCCUUAAUCCAGACGCCACUGCAAAAGAAGGUUGCCAGAUUGUAUUUGGUGUCUGAUAUUCUGUACAACUCCUGUGCCAAAGUUGCCAAUGCAUCAUAUUACAGAAAAUACUUUGAGGCUAAAUUGCCUCAAAUAUUUGGAGACAUUAGUGAAGCCUACCGAAACGUACGUGCCCGUCUACAAGCUGAACAGUUCAAGCAAAAGAUCAUGGGCUGCUUCCGGGCGUGGGAGGACUGGGCCAUCUACCCAGAGUCCUACCUCAUCCAGCUGCAGAACAUCUUCCUAGGCCUGGUCAAGCCCGGAGAAGAGGUCAUCGAACGGAUAGAGGUCCCUCCGCCUGACCUGGAUGGAGCUCCUCUAGAUGGGAUCCCUCUGGACGGGAUCGCUCUGGACGGGAUGCCCUUAGAUGGGGCACCGUUAGACGGGACGCCCCUGGACGACCUGGACGGCUCACCCAUGGUGUGGGACCCCGCGUCGCUGGAUGGUGUGCCUGUGGAUGACAUCGAUGGGGUCCCCCUGGGAUUAGCUCUGGAUGAUAUUGAUGGAAUGCCAUUGGAUGAAGGCUCAGACCGAGACAGGGGUCUCCCCCACGCCAGAGUAGCCCUGUCUAAGUGGGAGCGGGUGGAUGAUGCAGAGCCUCUAAAGAGCACAGAUGCGGACGACAGUAGAGAUACGAAGGACGGAGAGGGAGAAUCUGAUGAGGACAGCAGUGACGGUUCCUCCAGCCCAUCUAAGUUUGAUGCGGCCGACUUCAAGAGCUCUGUCUCCAGCUUCGAGCUCUCUGAGAGCAAGAGGAGCAAACUGCGAGAACUGGAGGUGAAGGUGAUGAAAUUCCAGGAUGAGCUGGAAUUGGGGAAGAAGGUCCGCAAGUCAGGCAUGAGUGUCCAGGAACAAAUCCAGCACUACAGGAACAAGCUGCUCCAGAAGGAGUUUGAAAAGGACGAACAGGAGAAAAAAGAGAAGUCUUCCCAGAAGCAGAAGGAACGAUCAAAGAAGGAGGAGAAGAAGGAGCGGACGGAGAGGACGGAGGACAGGAGUAAAAUGAGGGACAAGGAGAGGAGUAAGAAGAGUGAAGAUCGAGAGAGGGGAAGAGACUCUGAUGACAGGAGAGAAAGGACAAAGUCCAAGUCUCCCAAGAGGUCGAAGCGUUCCCGCUCCCCGUCACCUGUCCGGAAGUCGCGGAGAUCAACGUCCCACUCCCCACACCGUUCUCACAAGAAGUCCAAGAAGAACAAACACUGAAUUUUGACUCCUUGACCUUUGCCCCUUAGUGGACACCUAAGCUUCCCAAUAUGUCUGGAGAAGGGGCGGGGGGGGAUGGGUGGUGGUGAGUGGGUUUUGGUGGGGAACCCUAACCCAGCACCACCACACAUUUGCUUCCAGUAUCUCACAAUGCACCAGGGAUGGACUGGUACUCCCAGGCCUCUCUUCAGUUUUGAUGAUUUCCCAGUGCAAGAUGGUUACUUGUCCCCACGCCACCGCCUUCAUGUCAGUGCUGCUUCAGCCCCUCCCCCCCCCUGAGCUAAAAGCUCGUUUUUAUAUGACUGAGGUUCCAAUGUUACCUGUACAGUUCUCUUUUUUGUGUUCUUUUAUUUGUUUUUAUUUGGAAUGUCAAGUGCUAUUAUUAUUUGUCUCCUAAGGUCUUUUGAAUGAAAGUGAAAACGUUGUAAGAUUGUUCCCCCAAUCUUUACAUUAAAUACAAAAAAUAUAUAUA